CCAUGAACUCCCAGGGAGGGGCUGUCCCCACGGAGGACACAGAUAUUUUCAACAAUCUCUCUACAUCUUACUGGCCGACUACAAUGGAAAACACCUCAUGGCUGAACACAACAAGCGUUGAUACGCAAAGUCCAAAUAAUACGAUGGAUGCUAGAAGCCAGUACCAAACAAUGGAGAUAAUUUUCAUUGCCACAGUGACGGGCUCGCUUAGCUUAGUCACCGUGGUGGGAAACAUUUUGGUCAUGCUUUCCAUCAAGGUCAAUCGACAGUUGCAGACAGUGAACAAUUAUUUUCUCUUCAGCUUGGCCUGUGCUGACCUCAUUAUUGGUGUUUUCUCCAUGAACCUCUACUCUGUGUACAUUAUUAAGGGCUACUGGCCUCUUGGUCCCAUUGUGUGCGAUUUGUGGCUGGCUCUAGACUAUGUGGUCAGCAAUGCUUCUGUAAUGAACCUCCUGAUCAUCAGCUUUGAUCGGUAUUUCUGCGUUACCAAACCACUGACUUAUCCCGCUCGAAGAACCACCAAGAUGGCAGGUCUGAUGAUUGCAGCUGCCUGGCUCCUUUCCUUUGCCCUCUGGGCACCUGCCAUACUAUUCUGGCAAUUCAUUGUGGGUGAGAGGACGGUGAAGGAUGAUGAAUGCUACAUCCAGUUUCUUUCCAACCCUGCAGUCACUUUUGGAACCGCCAUCGCAGCCUUCUACCUUCCUGUGGUCAUCAUGACCAUAUUGUAUAUUCAUAUUUCAUUAGCUAGCAGGAGCAGGGUCCGCAGGCACUGUCCAGAUGUUAAAAAAGAGAAGAAGAAACCCAUUAGCUCUAUGAAAAGUCCUCUUAUAAAACAGACCAAGAGUCCUCCCAAACCAGAGCCUUUGGAAGCAAAACCAGAAGAGGAGAAUGGAGUGAGAAAUGGGAAAAUAGAGAAGUCACUGACCAACCUUCAGUCAGUGGAAGAGAAAGAGACCUCGAAUGAAUCAAGCACAGCCAGCAUGACCAAUAAUCCUCAGGAGAAGCAGUUGAGUAAUGCAUCUUCAGGUGUUGUCUUGGCGCCCACUCAGAGCAUGCAGUCUUUGCACCCAAGAGUGAAUGCUGCUUCAAAGUGGUCAAAAAUCAAGAUUGUCACCAAGCAGACAGGCAACGAGUGCAUAACAGCCAUAGAGAUUGUGCCUGAAUGCUCAAUUCCUCUGCACAAAGAUUCUGGCUUGCCAAAUACUGGUCCCGGCAAUGUGGCACGGAAGUUUGCAAGCAUUGCCCGCAAUCAGGUGAGGAAGAAACGGCAGAUGGCAGCUAGGGAGAAGAAAGUUACCAGGACCAUCUUUGCCAUUCUACUAGCCUUCAUCAUCACAUGGACACCUUACAAUGUCAUGGUCCUCAUAAACACAUUUUGUGAGACUUGCAUUCCCGAAACAAUGUGGUACAUAGGAUAUUGGCUCUGCUACGUGAACAGCACAAUAAACCCAGCAUGCUACGCUCUGUGCAAUGCCACUUUCAAAAAGACAUUUAAACAUCUCCUCAUGUGUCAAUACAAGAACAUUGGUGUAGCCAGAUAGGCUUAAGGAACUUACUUUGGGAGCACUGGCUUCCAUUUUUAUGAUGAAAAACAAAAUUUAAAUGGAAUUUAGAGUCUUUCCUGAGCAAAAGUUUAGAGUGACUCAUGGAAAACUGUACAAAGGAAAUUUUCUGGUUCAGCAGGAGCAUUGCAGAUAUAUAUCAAUCUAAUGCAAUCAGCACUCUGUUUAAAAGAAAGUUCUGUUUUGGAGGACACCAUUUAAGUUAACCUAAAGACUAAAACAGUUUUGACUUGAAAUGGGAUGUACCUUGUCUUAAACAAAGAACUAUACACAUGUUGUAGUACUAACUGGAAGAUUAGCAGGCAAACAAAAUAUCAUGAACAGUCACCAGUUGGGUGGCCUUGUUGUGGACCUUCUUUAGAUCAUCUUGCAAAGCAUGUUAUAUCAAUGCUGUUACAGUUGUGCAGAGCAUUAGUAAACCAAACAGUGCUCUGCUGUACAGACUUUCUUCCUGCACUUAGAACAUUUCUGUAGUAAUGGUUUUAAACAACCUGUUACACCCCCUACCAAGUAUCUUCUGUAUACCAAUGUUAUCUACUGUCUUUACCUAUUCUGCAGGUCACCACUGGUCCAGUCCUUGGUGUGACAUCAAAAUCAGCCUACAGCAAUUUCUGUCUUUCACAACUACCCACAAUUCAUUUUCCAUUUGGAUUGACCUUUGAGAAGGUCUAAUAUUUUGGUGCAAGCAGUUCCAAAACCAGCUGCUGGGCAUUAUAU